CCCCAUGGAGUUCUACCCCCUGCUCCUCUGGUCACCCUACUGAUGGAUCCCCAUGGUGCCAGGCAGGAAUGGCCUGCUAGGAGAUGCAGUAAGCCCCCGGGACCUCUCCACCACCUCCUCCACCCCUGUAUUUCACUCGGCUCUCCAAAUUGACUCAACUCCAGACCAUAAAGAAGAUGGAGAGGCACAUGGUCAGGGAACAAUUGUAUAAGCACUUUGAUUUGGAGAGGAAGAAUGUCAAGCUGGCUGAAGCCAGACUGGACCAAGGGCUGCAGAAACUGGAGGAUAUCUGCCUCUACCAUGUGAAAUUGCUGACCUGGGAGCAGAGGCAGCUCCAAAAAGAACUGCAGAAGUUGCAGCAAGCAAAAACCAUGAGGAAACAGUUCUCCUCUUAUUUGGGGAAUGGAAUUCAGAAGAGACCAGAAGAUGUUCUCAUGUUCUCACCACAGGGAGGGCAGAAGCACAGAGCCCCACAGGCUAAGAAAAUGAGAGCAUUGGCAACCCGUAUGACCCAAGACACACACAAAAGCAAGUCCCAGCUGCCUCCUUCACAUGAUCCUGGCCUCAAAGACUCCAUGAAGAGCAAAGAGCAGCCACUCUCUCAAAAUAACAGAACUGCCUGCUUCAUGAAAGAGCAACCACAAGCCCAAGAGAAAGAUUCUGUGAAUCCACCUAAGGACGUAGACUCCAGUAAGGGCAUCUCUGUUCUAUGCCAAAAUCAAGAGGUUUCCACCAACACCAUAGAACAAGGUCCUAGUUCCAGCCCAGCUCAUAACAGUGGAAUGGCACAUGCUGAUAAGACCAGAUCAAAAGAUGUUGCUCUAAAGCCACAUGGGAACACUGGAAAACAAAUUCCUCCAAAUCACAUGGAACGUGCAGGAAGCUUCGAAGGCGAGUUCACAAAGCCAGCCUUCUUAGAGUUGCUUUCAAAGGCCAGAAAUGUGCAUUAUCUCCGGCACAGGGUGCCCCCUGAGUCUGAGAGGUUGCUUAGCAUUGGGGAGGUAUUUGGGCAUGGGGAAUCCCUGGAAGGCAGGCGAGGUGUGUGAAAAUAGAGCGCCUUCUAAGUUUCUUCCUCUCUAACCAUUUAACAUAGCCUGAUAAUAACAUAUUCCAUUAUUGCUAAGGAAAUGUGCUCCUCAAAUGGCUAUAUUAAGCAAUACAGAGAAAAACAAACAAACAUAAUUGAAUUACAAUUUUAUUUUAAACUUCCUAUUAUUUUCCGGGAAUAUAAUAUUUCUUGAAUGAACAAUGCUAAUAUAUGAAAAAGGAGGGGAGGAAUGAAUCUUCUGAAAGUGCUUUUUAAGGGAUGUGUUUAUGAUGUCAUCAACAAUAUGAAUAUAUAUUGAUGACUGGACUUGGGAAAACAGUAAGUAGUCUUGCUUUCAGGGACUUCCUGUUUCUUCUAGGAGAUUCUCAUGGUGCCACCUGCUGGCAAAACGGCGUAGCUAUUCUCUUUGUUUUAGUUUGAUAUACAGUAGUGGUAGGAAUAGGAAUGCGAUUGUAAACAUGUACUGUAACAUGGUAUGUAAAGAAAACCUGCUCUUUAACCAC